AUGGAUGGCGUGACUGACGUCAUCAGGGAUGACAGCGCAGCCACCACUACCUACUCGUCCAAACUGGUGCUAGUUACGGAAGCUGCCGACAGGUGGCAGGAGCGGCGCUCGAUAGCCCGGGGGCCCGGGGCGAUGCUCCUGGCCGGCCGGCGGCAGGUGCGUUUCCCUGGAGCAGCGGCCGGCGCGCGCAGUGCCCGGUACCAGCCCGUGAUCGGGCCGCGCCGCCCCAGCUCGGACAGUAUGCCCUCCUACAGCUACAAUAUCAGCGCUCCUCCGGUGCAGACGAUGAGUUACCGGCCGAAUGGCGGCUCAGGCCACCCGAACGGACAUCAGAACGGACACCAAAACGGACAUCAAAACGGACACCAGAACGGGCACCACAACGGACACCAGAACGGCCACCAGAACGGACAUGGCCCCUCCGGUCAGUCCUCCUGGAAGAGCAACUACGUGCCAGCCUAUAGCAACGGAAAGGACCACGCCCUGCCCCCGGAGCCGCUGGCCGUCGAGCCGAAGGCGGACGUCACUCAGACCCACGACCGUGGCCAGUGGGGCUCCAAGUGGGAGUUCAUAUUCUCCUGCAUCGGCCUGUCGGUGGGCAUCGGCAACGUCUGGCGGUUCCCCUACCUGGCCUACGAGAACGGCGGCGGUGCCUUCCUGAUUCCGUACAUCAUCAUUCUGUUUCUGGUGGGGAAGCCGAUGUACCUGAUGGAGACGGCCAUCGGCCAGUACAGCCAGCUCGGACCCGUCUCCAUGUGGAAGAUGGCGCCCGUCAUGAAAG